GAGCGGCCGGCGGGAGCCCGGCUGCGGGCACGACCCGGGGCCGGAGCGGGGCUGAGCCGGCUGCGGUGUGAGCGAUCGGCCCGGGGAGGGCCGGGCCGGGCCGGCGGGGACGCCUCCCGCCCUGCCCAGCCUCCGCGCAUCCUCCGGCACCGCCGUGCCGAGCCGUGCCGGGCCGGUGGGUCCGAGCCGUGCUGAGUCGGUGUGAUCCGAACCGUUGUCGAGCGGUAGGAUGAGGGGCAUCCUCUACUUCUGCACCCUGAUCCUCCUGGAAGGUAUGGCGGAAGCUGUCAGCUCAAGCAGGGACUGCCUUCAAGCAGGCGAGUCCUGCACCAACGACCCCAUCUGCAGUGCCAAAUUCAGGACCCUCCGGCAAUGCAUCGCAGGCAAUGGAGCCAACAAGCUGGGCCCCGACGCCAAGAACCAGUGCCGGAGCACCGUGACAGCCCUGCUCUCCAGCCAGCUCUAUGGCUGCAAGUGCAAGCGAGGCAUGAAAAAGGAGAAGCACUGCUUGAGCGUCUACUGGAGCAUCCACCACACGUUGAUGGAAGGCAUGAAUGUACUGGAGAGUUCCCCCUACGAGCCGUUCAUCAGAGGCUUUGAUUACGUCCGUCUGGCAUCCAUCACCGCAGGGUCCGAGAAUGAAGUGACUCAGGUGAACAGAUGCCUGGACGCUGCCAAAGCCUGCAACGUGGAUGAGAUGUGCCAGCGGCUGCGGACGGAGUACGUCUCCUUCUGCAUCCGGCGCCUGGCCCGGGCCGACACCUGCAACCGCUCCAAGUGCCACAAGGCUCUGCGCAAGUUCUUUGACCGCGUGCCACCAGAGUACACCCAUGAGCUGCUCUUCUGCCCCUGCGAUGACACGGCCUGUGCCGAACGCCGGCGGCAGACCAUCGUUCCUGCCUGCUCCUACGAGUCCAAGGAGAAACCCAACUGCCUGGCGCCUCUGGACUCCUGCCGGGAAAACUACGUCUGCAGGUCACGCUAUGCGGAGUUCCAGUUUAAUUGCCAGCCGUCCCUGCAGUCUGCGAGCGGCUGCCGGAGGGAAAGUUAUGCUGCCUGUCUGCUGGCGUACACGGGCAUCAUUGGCAGUCCCAUCACACCCAACUACAUUGACAACUCAACUUCCAACAUCGCUCCCUGGUGCACGUGCAACGCCAGCGGGAACCGGCAGGAAGAGUGUGAGAGCUUUCUGCAUCUCUUCACCGACAAUAUCUGUCUCCAAAAUGCCAUUCUGGCCUUUGGCAAUGGGACCUACCUGAACGCAGCCAUGGCCCCAUCUAUCCCCCCCACCACACAGAUGUACAAGCAGGAGCGAAACGCCAACAGAGCCGUGGCGACCCUCAGAGAGAACAUCUUCGAGCACCUCCAGCCAACCAAGGUGGCCGGAGAGGAGAGGCUCCUGCGGGGCUCCACUCGUCUGUCAUCAGGAACCUCCAGCCCAGCAGCUCCCUCCCUCUGGGCAGCCUCUCCACAGCAGAUGUGGCUUCUCCCAGCGCUUGCUGUGCUGAGCUUCUUCGCGAUGUGAAGCGGGGUGGGCACAUGCCAAGCAGAGACUCUCUUUGUGUCAGUUUCUUUACCAAACAACCAGACCAGUAACUUUUUUUGGGGGAAGGUGAGGGAGGAGGGUGGGAAUGGGAAGGAGAGGUGAGCUUACGGGCAUCCUUUCCUCCUCCUCAUCCGUCUGCCAGUUUAUUUGAUUUUAUACAAUCAGCAUCAUUGACAACCAGCUCAUUCUUGGUCCUGGAUACCUUUCUACCCCACAGCUUGGUUGUUGUCUCUCCAGUUCUCUCUGGAUGGGAUCAGAGCCAUGGACAAUUUCCUUGGAAAAGCUGAAGGAAAGAGUUGAGCCAAGAAACAAGAGCAGCAAAGGAAAUACUUUUGCCUGCCCCAGCCAAGAGGGGAAAGACUUUUGAUGGAUGAGCUGUUAGGAGAUUUCCUGAAGCUCUGACUCAUGUUGAGAGGCUCUUGAAAGGACACAUCAAGCGAUGCGGAGUUCAGACUGUCUCCAGGGUUGCUCAGGACCAAAGGGCAGCUCACCUGGUUCAAAGGGAUGAAACCAGAGCCCUGGUGAGGAGGUGGUUGCUUUUGUUCAUGAGAGAGGAUCCUGAAGCACCUCUGGGGUGGACCAAGUGACCACACUACAAACUGGUUCACUGGGAUUAUCCAUCUCCUUAAAACCAUGACCGACGUGCAUCUCCAAGCUGUCAUCUACCCCUCGGGCCCUCCAUUUUAGAGAAACAUGUGUCAUGUAUUGAUGGUGUUCAGGAAGAAACACGUGUGUUGCGUUCUGUUUGCAGCUGGCUUUCUUUGUGUCCCAACCCUGGCAUCUCUAUUCAGUCCUGUAAAGUGCUUGAGGUAGGUUGGGUUAUUUUUUUGGUCACAUCCAAACAACCAGAAGCCAGUGAUGUCCCACUCCAAGAUAACCUUUCUCUGUGCAGGAUGAAUGUGUGAACCCAUGGGCAGGACUCAGUUUGAGUUCAAUUCAACCCAUUCCCACGUGAUACCUGUGCAUCUGCCAGUCUUGCAGAGACCAAGAGAGUCUUCAGUCAAGAGGGUUAAUUAGUCAUGCAAGGAAGAGGUGGGAUAGAAAGGUUUGCUAAAUACCACCCUGGGGACAUAAAUAUCCAGCCAAUUUGUGGAAAGGCCAUGUCAUGAGUCAUGUCAUGAGUAGGGAGUUAAUGGCUACAGUUCCCUUCCUUGAAGAGCUGGUGGAGGCAAUUGUUUGUGUCCAGGAUAGCACACGAAGGUCAUUGCCUCCUGCCAAGUGCUAAUUACUCAGCUAAGAGGUGUUUUAAGCAAAGGCUGGUGAAGUGACCUACUCUACUGAGCUGGACCCAGCUGGAGAGUGAGGACAAAUAUCUCUCUUGUCUCUCCGAGAGCACAGAGAAGCAGAUGCAUGACGUGAACAUUCAAGGGUCUUCCCUCAAGAAGGUGAGCUGGGGACUCCCAGCACCUUCUUGUGGGGCUGAACCCCUUGUUAGAUCACAUCAAGAAAGAAGAUGGCAAGGAAGGGUGAGAAGGUUUCCCAGGAAAAAUGCUUACCCAGGCUGUCCCACCACAAGAGGCACAGGAAUAACUUCAGAUUCUCCUUAAUUAUUCAGCCCUGGGUUUUGCAGCAGCCCAUUUAUUCCUUGGUUUGUGCUCCUCCAAAGAACAUCAUCAGUUCCAUGGUGUUUGGAUGCAGCAAAGUCCAGCACUUUUUAUUCACAUUUCCUGCAGAACACCUUCCAUUGCUUAAUAGCUUCGGGUUUUGCUGAGAAAGUGCGGCAACUUUCUUGGGUUUUGGUCCAAUAAGAAACCACUCUUGUUUUCAAAUGAACACCUGCGGAUGUGUAAGACAUGCACAGAAAUCAUCCUGGCUGCAUCCUAUCCAAAGUUCUGCUCCUCGAGGUCCUCAGGGCUGUAGCACCUGGUUCUCCUAAUCCAGGGCUGUGCAGAGGAACAUGCCGAGAUCCAAGUCACACGUGUCACACCUGUGCAUGUGGAGUCUUUACUACCAAGAGGCUCAUGUGGAUCAGAAAAAGCAGGCAGGGAGUCAGGGCUGUGGGCAGGAAAGUCUCCCUUCAAAGUGCCAUGACCAUGCGCUGAGUUGCUGUGAACAUCUCCCCUUUAUGAAGGGCAUUGGUGCCCUCUGGGAGAACAUGGAGCCCUCUGUGCACCAGGUGACACAGCUACUAACUGCAACUCUGUAAAACCUGUGCAGGAAAACAGCGCAGGACACACAUGGACCUGCUGGAGAGGGGCCAGAGGAGCCCUAGAAAUGAUCCAAGGCUGGAACAGCUCUGCUGGGAGGACAGGCUGAGAGUUGGGGUGUUCAGCUGGAGAAGAGAAGCUCCGGGGAGACCUUAUUGUGGCCUUUCUGGACUUAAAAGGGGCCAAUCAGAAAGAUGGGGACAGACUUUUGAGCAGGGCCUGUUGUGAUAGGACAAGGGGUGAUGGUUUUAAACUAAAGGAGGGAGAUUCAGGCUGGACAUGAGGAAGAAAUUGUUGACCCUGAAGGUGGUGAGAGCCUGGCCAAGGUAUAUAAAAAAGAGUAAAUAAUGCAAAUCUUUCCUCUGAAAUAAAAAGUAGAUGAUCUGGUUAAAUAUUUUUCUCAAUGCUUUUUCUUCUCUUUUUUUUUCCCCCCUUUUUUUUCAAAUACCUGGAAGAAUGUUUUUUAAGACUCAUGGCGAGGAUGAGGUUCUACCAUGGUGGUGGUGCCCUAAGGUGCCUGAUGGAAGCUCUGGUCACUGGUCUUGGAGGUGCAGAGGAACUUUUUGCAAGGGCAAAUAGUGACAGGACGAGGGGUGAUGGCUUGAAACUGAAAAGAGGGGAGAUUGAGGUUAGAUAUAAGGAAGGAAUUGUUGCUCCUGAGGGUGGUGAGAGCCUGGCCCAGGUUGGGCAGAGAGGUGGUGGAUGAACCAUCCCUGGAGACAUCCCAGGCCAGGCUGGACGGGGCUCUGAGCAACCUGAGCUGGUGAAGAUGUCCCUGCUCAUGGCAGGGGUUGGACUAGAAAAAUAAUAGAUGUAGAGAAUCCUACUCAAAAACUAAAGGGGAUGGAGGAGACCUGCAGAGGUCACCGAGGCCAUUAGCAUGUCCCACAGCCAGACCAAUGGUCUGGUUACACUUUCUGGCAGAUUUAUCUUAAAUGAUUUUUCACAAUUUCAGUGACAGACAUUGUCAUCUCCCCUGGAUUUAGAUCUUAAUUUAAAGACUCCUUAGGGUGUUAGUUGUCUCUAAGAGUCGUGGGUCAAAGAGACCCUCGAUUGUGGUAUCCUCUCAGGCUUCAUUUUUUGGGAGGCUGUGUAAGGUGACAGCCAACUACCACAGAUCAUACCACAGAGGCAUUGCAUGAAAAGGCCAAAAAACAUGGAGACAGUCUGCUGGGAUCUGUGAAAAAAACCCAUGCAGUGAGUUAAUUUAAAUGGGUGUCUGCUGGAGGGGUUUCCUCCUCAUGCCCUUGAUUGAGGGACCUCAAAAAUAUCUGUGGAGUGGAGGCUGAAGGUUCGAAAGUGCAUUCCCGGUCCGCAGCCUUUGUCCUACGUGGUGAGUUUGCAAACAGCACCUUUCGAGCACCGUCCAAGGCCAGGUCCUGCACUCCUGGGGUUCCCCGUGGCCUGGGGAUGCUACAAAAUGAAGAGGAUAAAGCUCAGAGCAAUGAGCCUCUUGCCCAGCAAGAAAGAGCCAGGGGCUUGGGAUGGGCAGUCAUAUUACACAGAAUUUUAAAAAAUAAUAUAUAUAUAUAUAUAUCUUCAAACCUGCAUGACUUUUUCCUGAUCAUUUCACCUUUUUUGCCGAUAUUUAAUGUCAAUUCUCCCUCCAAGCUCAUUCAUGAAUCAAACUUUGCAAGUAAUGAUGGCUUUUGAGCGGUGCUUUUGAAGGCAAAAAACCCAAUUCCAUUCCCCCUCGCCCACAAACACAGGCGUGCACAGGCCGUUUCUUUUCCCUUGCGAAAAGUCAGCGAUUCUUUUUCUUAAUGAAAUUUCAUCUCUGUUGAAUUCUGUGAAAUGAACCACGGAACUUCAUUUUUAAGUCUCUUGAUUAACCACCAAAGUCAUAGCGGCUGCUUUGUAAAGGCAAAGGACUGUGAGAAGCAGAACAGAGAAAGGAAGACAAUUUCCUUUUAGGAAUUACUCCAUACCUGGGGACUUUCAAAAGCACAAAGAAGAGUCAUGAAAAAAGAAGCAGCCAAGUUUUCUGUAGCCAAACUUUCUGUAGCCACUGAACUUUAUUUUUUGGCUGCUCAGCGUCGUUCCCAGUGGUUUGGCCGUCCUGAAAGCCCAUAAAAUAUUGCGUAUGUACAAAUACCACAUCAUUGCCAAAGCGAGAGCAUGAGCAGGGAAGGAGACACCUUGCUGGGGAGCAGAUGCUGGAGCAAUAACCCCGCGGGUGGUGGGGGAUGCUAAAGGCUGUGUGUGCAUGGGGAGGAUGGUUAUGUCUGCCUCUGCUACCGGGGUAUAACCUGUACUUAUCUCUUCUGUACAUGUCAAUAUUCAAACAUAUCCAUGAAUAAAGCACACAUGCAUUUUCCUGA